CCGUAUUUCUGAUCCUGGAAUUUUGGGAUGUACUCAUCACGAGGAACAUCACUACUACAACACUAGUUCUCACGGCGAACACUUCAAGUAGCAGCCUGAGGUAACCAACGUUGCAUAAGCGUCUACAUACGCAAACGUGUGAAAGUCCAUUAUAUAUGCAACCGGCAGGUCUCAAGUUAUCUGGACGAUUUGUGCCCCGCUGGUCCCCCUCUAAAAGUUUCCCCGCCACUCGAAAUUCAGAAUGGAACGAAUGUCUUCACUCGUAUCCGUUACUCUCCGAAUCCUCACCUUCAGCCGCGUUUACUUCUUCGUCUUAGCUCUCCUGUCCGCUAGCUUCGCGGAAUCUGCCGCUUCGUGCCAGAGCUCUUCGCUUGCGGGAUUCACCAGCUCCGUCGACCUCUCGGGAAACGGCCUCGUGCUCCACUGGGCGCUCGAUGGCGCGCGGACGACGCUGCGGAUGGCGCUGGAAGCCAAAUCCGGCAGCGGCGCUGAGAGCGGCUGGAUCUCUGCCGGGUGGUCCGCGGACGGCCGCAUGUACCCCGCGGACUGCGUCGUCGGGAACCUGCCGGGCGGUGAAAUGGGCGCGUAUUACAUGGGCGGUUACGGCGACGCUGACGUGGCGCCGACCAGCAGCUUCGCGCUCGGUUCUGCCGCGAUGCUGACGUCCAACGGCGGGACUAUCAUGCAGUUCUCCCGGGCGAGCGGCGACGGCGGCGCGAUAGCGGUGAACGUGGCGGGGGCGAACACCAUCAUCUGGGCCUACUCCCACUCGGGCUCCACCGCGCUAGGCUUCCACGGCCGCAACGACGGCGCCAAAUUGGUGGACUUCUCGUGCGUGGGAGCCGCUGCUGCCAACUCCACUGCGGGGAGCAGCGCUGGGGGCAGCGCUGGGGGCAACGCAAGAACCGUUGGGAGCAGCGCUGGAAGCAACUCCACAGCCAGCGAGGAAGGAGGGGAGGGAGGGGAAGGGGGGGAAGGAGCCGGUCAGGGCGAUGGAUCCUCCUCUGGUGCGGCUGCAUGCCAGGCUUCCUCCCUUUCGGGAUACGAGCACUCUUUUACUAUAAAGAAUGGAUUUCUGCUCCACUGGACGCUCGUUAGUGCCACCAGCAGCAGCAGCAGCAAAAGCAGCGGCACCCCCAGCAGCAGCAGUGGCAGCAACAGCAGUGGCAGCGCCGGGGCGAGGGCGCAGCUGCGGCUGGCGUUAGAGGCACAGCAGGGCAGCGGGGCUGUGAGCGGUUGGAUCUCCAUCGGCUGGUCAACGGACGGCCGGAUGGCCCCUGCUGAUGCUGUCAUCGGGAACCUUCCAGGAAACGAGGUCGCUGCAUACGCCAUGACUGGUUACCACAUAUCCGAUGUUACGCGUACCACCAAUUUCACCGUGACUGAAGCAAAAACUGAAUCGGCUAGUAACGGAGCAACCGUUGUGAAGUUUACCCGGACAGAAGGGGAUGGGGGAAUAGUCCCUGUCGAUUUUCACGGGGUAAAUACCCUUGUGUGGGCGUUUUCGGGGUCCGGCACGCAGGCACUGGACUUCCCCUACCAGAACCAAGGAGCGCUUCAAGUGGAUUUCACUUGCUCCACUGCUGCCACUACUCUCAAUUCCACCGCAUCAGCACAGGGCGCUGACGACCAAUCACUGGAGGGCACGUCAGCAGCAUCAUCCAGCAGCAGCAGCAGUGCGUGCACGGCGUCGUCUCUCUCCGGAUACGACUGCAUGAUGCAGCUCAAUGGGGAUAGUUUCAUCCUGCACUGGAAGGUCAGCGCCAGCAGCACCAGCAGCAGCAUCGCCCUGGCAGCAGAGGCAGCCACAAGCGGGUGGGUGUCUGUCGGCUGGUCCGCCACCGGCCGCAUGCACCCCGCCGAUGCUGCCAUCGGGAACCUCCCCUCGGGCACCCUCUCCAAAGGGGCGGCAGUGGGGGCGUUCCGCAUGGCGGGCUACGGCAGCAGCGACGUGGCACCGACGGGGUCGUUUGCGGUUACCAACAGUGCGGUCGAGACUGUGAGUGGGCGCACAACGAUCAAGUUUGCGCGGUCCAUGGCAGAUGGGGAGUUUCCCUUGGGCGGGACUGAUGGCGGUGCCAGCAGCAGCAGCAACAUCAUCUGGGCUUACUCUCUCGACAACUCGCAGCAACUAGCCGACCACGGGCUCAAUGCCGGCUCUGCUACAAUCAACUUCGUCACGGGAGCAUCGGAGGUGGGCGAGUGGAGCAGCGGGGGCGCCACGCUCUACAGCAUCCACGCAUGGAUGCUCGCUGUGGCCUUUGGCGUCCUCAUGCCCGCUGCCAUCCUCAUCUCCAGGCUCUUCCUAGCGGAUAAGCCCAUGGCCCCUACUCCUGGUUCCGAUGCUAGUGGCACAGCAGCAGCAGCAGCAACAGCAGCAGGAACAGCAGCAGCAGAAGAGAGAAAAUCAAAGCUGCCUAGCGGGCUGGUGGCAGAAGAUGCACCGGCUCUUGUUUCCCUCUCCGUUGGCGGCCCGUCAUUAGCAGCAACUGGUGCAGCAGCAGGAGCAGAGGGACCAGCAACAGCAAAUCCAGAGGCAGCAGGAGUAGGCGGUGCAGCAACAGCAGCAGGGGGGACAGCAGCAGUCCCUAGGAAGCCAUGGCUGAGCAAGCCCGUGGCGUUUGAGGCGCACAAGUGGCUCAUGCUGUCGGCUGUCCUCCUCGCUCUCGCUGGAAUCAUCAUGGCCUUUGUGGAAAAGGGGGCGCAAUCAUUGCACUCCACGCACGGACAACUCGGAUUGGCCGUCAUGGUGCUCAUCGUCGCGCAGCCAAUCGUGGGCCAGCUCAGGCCGCUCAAGAAGCAUCCCAGCCGUCCAUCCUGGUUUGCCCUGCACUGGGUGAUUGGGGUCGGCACGGUGGCGAUCGCUUGGGCCAACACGUACCUGGGGUUCGAUCUUGCCACCUCCAAGUUUGGAUAUGACCUCGAUUGGUCCUACAUAGCUUUCUCCAUCAUGAUAGGUCUCUUCUGUGUGGUAUACGUCUUCGAUUUCGUGCUGGAUCAAAUUGGUUUCUUCUGGCUUCGGUUCGAGGAUGAGCCAAAGAUCCUGGUAAAACCAGUUCAUCUAGUGUAGCUCUCUGUAACCAAGGUGUGUACUGAUGUAUAUUGUGCAUUAGUUUGCACUCUUGCUACAUAGUCUUGUGUACUUUUUGGUC